AUGAGCAAAGCGAAACCCGAAAAUCUCCAUGAGAUUCUGAAAUAUAAUAGCUUUAAUGAACUCCCGGAUCCUAACCCACUACCGGAGCGCAAGAUAUUCUUACACCAAAGUAAGCCGUCUUACGAAGCAUCUUCGAGUCAUGACAUCAAGGCAAAUCGGUAUGAAAAACGUUUAAGAUUUGAAUACGGCUGCUCGGAAGCCAUCCCAGCAGAAUUCGACCCAGAGUUAUUAGAAGUUGAUCUACAAGCACGGCUCCAGCUUAACGCUGAAAAUGAGGACUUGGCCCCGGUUGACCCAGAGUAUCAGUCAGGAGAUGACGAACUAUCUGAGCUCGGUGAUAACGAAGACUACCAGAAAUGUGAGCAUAUACCCAACCUUAUUUACACCGAAGAACUAAAUUAUUCUUUCGAAUCCCUCUCAGAUGUAUCAGUAACGGAGUCAUUGGACUCCGACGAGUAUCUUGAUGAGUAUGAGAAUAAUGCGAUUAUUAACGUUGCGAUAGUAGAGAAAAUUACACGGGUAAGUUGCCAAACCGUAGUUACCCCAACCGUUAUCCGCCACUCGGUACCGGAUGUUAUCGUGCGUAAACCUGCACCACGGAUUAAAACCGGAUCGAAACCGCCGCUUUCCCGGAGCGCGUUCGCCCACGCCGGCUUGCCAAGCCCGGAAGAUGGGUCCGCUGCAGCAAGGAGGUACCCUAAAGCGCCCCCGUACUUUCCGUAUCAGAGUAAGGUAAGAAGAACUUAG